AUGGCAUUUUCGCCAGAUUAUCCGCAGAUAAAAAAAAAGAGGCCCUCCUCACCGAUAGACAUUGUUGGGGUUGAUGCUGAGAAUCUUGAGUCCAAAAGGACAUCAUAUGAUAUAAACAGAGAAUCCUCCAUAACAACAAUCCCACCUAUUAAAAAUGAGAUGAAGAAAAUGCUACCUGCAGUUGAAGAACAGCCCUUUUCAUUGUGUUGCCCAAAGAAUGGGCCUGCUCCAAUUUCUGCAUCAAAGGGAGAGUCUUUAACAAAGCGAAGCUUUACUGGAGCAGGGGAUAUAAAAGGCCAAGAGCCCAUUUUUAGCAAGAAAGAAACUUUUCAAGAUGCGAAGCAGCCAAAGGCAAAGACACCUGUUCAUUCCGCAUCUACUUCCUCAAUGCAAGUGGCUACUUCGUACUUUGACCCAUUUGAAACCACGACCUCUUCGCCAAUGAUGUCUGCUCCAUUAUCUAAGGCGACAAAACGAACAGAAGCAGCACAGCCUUUAAGGCAGCCAUCUGCAAAGGCCGGGGUUCCUGCUAAGGAAGCCAUUCCAUAUGGAACAUUUGGGCCCAUGGUGCUACAAAGUUAUUACGGUGUCAACCACAAGUUUGAAGGCAUUUCACCGGUAGAUGAUUAUGUCUUUUUGGACAAGGUUGGUGAAGGAACAUUUGGCGAGGUGCACCGCGCACGUCAUCGAGCCACUGGGCGCCUAGUGGCACUGAAGCGCAUCCUUCCAAUGCCUAAUGGCGAAGGGUUUCCAAUUACAUCUUUGAGGGAAAUAAGGAUCCUUAAGCGUAUGAACCAUCAAAAUGUCAUUUCCAUUCAGGAACUUGCGCUCUCUACGGCAAGUUCACAAGGCCCGCCGACUUUUUUCAUUGUUUUCCCGUUUGUGGAGCAUGACCUGGUUGGCCUUCUAGAUGCACCAAACAUACGGUUCAAUGUGCCCCAAAUCAAGUACUAUGCGAAACAACUGCUUCAAGGUGUUGCCUAUGUACAUUCAAAAAACUUGCUGCAUCGCGACAUCAAAAGCGCAAAUAUCCUUGUCGGGAAUCGAGGGGAGGUAAAGAUUGCCGACUUUGGCCUUUCCAGGACGUUCGACCCCCAUCGUGCUGCAUCGAUGACGCCAGGCGUUGUCACAAGAUGGUAUCGGCCGCCAGAGCUGUUGCUUGGCGCUCAACAUUACACAACGGCAGUUGAUAUGUGGGGUGUUGGUUGCAUCGUUGCAGAGCUUUUUUUACGGCAGCCUCUCUUUCAGGGCACGUCUGAACUGCAUCAGUUGACUUUGAUUUUUGACACCAUUGGCUGGCCUCGGCCUGGAAUGCGCAGUUUAGCCAAUCUUCCUGACUCCUCCAAAGUUCCUAAUUUGUUUUCUGAGCAUCAAGCAAAGCCGUUGCAUCCACUUGAUGAGAGUCGGAUUGGCGAUGCCCAGAUGCUUGAUCUUGUACAUCGUCUGCUCAGUAUCGAUCCGGAUGCAAGAAUAUCGGCAAAGGAAGCCUUGGAGCAUCCGGCAUUUACUACAGCCCUGCCUCUGACGGCGACUACCGCUGAAUUGCCUCAUUUUUCUGGAUGCUCCUAUCAUGAGCUGGCAAAGCGUCGUCGCGAUGCUACGAAUGCAGCUGUCGCUGCUGCUGGGGCAGUCGAGUCAGCAGCUGCAGCUGCAGCUGCACCUGCAUCCUCCUCUGUCUCUAUCUCCGCUACCUUUACACGUCAAUACUCUUCUGGACCACCUGUCAAACCAGACGAGAAAAUGUCGUCACCGCAGCCGUGUGAUUCUGUAUCUACAAAGCAUAAUUCUGCCAUUCUCAAUCGAGAGAAAACAGAGGAUCUACCAAACGUAACACAUCGCCCUAUGGAUGGAAUCGAAACAUCCACCUCACCACGAACAUACUCUGGCCAUCGAUCAUCUUCGGCGGUGAGCUAUUCUCCCUUUGAGUAUAACCUGAACCGCCGCCCAACUCCCCUUUCCUCCUACCAUCAGAACAACAAUCAUCAUCAUCAUCAUCAUGAGCAUCAUCAUCAUCAUCGUUUUAAAGAUGAUCGCUCUGAGGAUUUCCGCCAGUACCGUCCGUAUCGCAUGACUGCUCCGGAUGAUUGGGAUCAAAGAGAAAGACCGCCACCACCCGACCACUAUUAUCAGCGACACCGUAGAGGCGGAUUUCGGGAUUUUAGCCAUCGCGAGCACGAUCGCCAUCCAGAACCACAUGGCCAUCAUUAUGAAUCUGGGAGUUACUACCGACCUUCAUACCGUUUCGAUCGGACCCGACGAAAUGGGAACGCAAGUGAAACCUCAUUAGAGGGAGGCAAAUCGUAG